GUUAGGGGGAAGACAGAGAGAAGGCGAGCAGGGCAGACUCUUGGCAGAAAACCGGAAGCAUUCCAGACAAAUAGUGAUCAUUCUCCAAACAGCAGAGGCGAGGGCUGUAAAAACACGGGUCCUUCCUCUUUUCCCCUCCUUCCCCUUGUAAACUCAAGAGGUUUUUUCACCUCCUCUCGAUCCCCCCCCCUCACUCUGUUGAAGGAAGUAUUGCAGACCAAGCCCCCUCCCCAUGAUGUAGGUGGAAAGCAAAAGACACGGGGAAAUCCAAGAGAAGAGAUGCUCAGUGCCUGCAGACAGCGAAAAGGAGUUCUUGCCAGUCGCUUCCGUGCAGGCCUUAGUCUGCUGAAGUAGUCAAUUACACCGUCAACAUGAAGCUAAUGGCAAGUCCCUGAUUCCACUCCGCAACAUCAAAGGAGGGUAGACAAGAAAGAGGAAAGAUUAAUAGAAACUCCAGAGUCACCCCCCAUCUAGUCCCAAAAUUGUCCCUUGUAAUUAAUUUAAAAAAAAUACAAGUGGGGGUGAGAGGAGGAGAUACAGGGAUUCAGGAAUGAAUACAGAAAAGGUGUCCAAAACUGGACAGGAAUUCAGGAAUGAAUAUAGAAAAGGGCUCCAAAACUGAACAGGAAUUCAGGAAUGAAUGUAGAAAAGGGCUCCAAAACUGGACAGGAAUUCAGGAAUGAAUGUAGAAAAGGGCUCCAAAACUGGACAGGAAUUCAGGAAUGAAUGUAGAAAAGGGCUCCAGAACUGGACAGGAAUUCAGGAAUGAAUGUAGAAAAGGGCUCCAAAACUGGACAGGAAUCUAGGAAUGAAUGUAGAAAAGGGCUCCAAAACUGGACAGGAAUUCAGGAAUGAAUGUAGAAAAGGGCUCCAGAACUGGACAGGAAUUCAGGAAUGAAUGUAGAAAAGGGCUCCAAAACUGGACAGGAAUUCAGGAAUGAAUGUAGAAAAGGGCUCCAAAACUGGACAGGAAUUCAGGAAUGAAUGUAGAAAAGGGCUCCAAAACUGGACAGGAAUUCAGGAAUGAAUGUAGAAAAGGGCUCCAAAACUGGACAGGAAUUCAGGAAUGAAUAUAGAAAAGGGCUUCAAAACUGGACAGGAAUUCAGGAAUGAAUUUAGAAAAGGGCUCCAAAACUGGGCAGGAAUUCAGGAAUGAAUGUAGAAAAGGGCUCCAAAACUGGGCAGGAAUUCAGGAAUGAAUAUUCAAUAUCCAAACUGUGUCAUGUCAAGGUUCAAGAGAGCAUCCCACCCCACAGGAGGAUUCUUGGAAGACAGGCAAGGACGUUCUAUAAGCACAGCUGUGAACCUCUGGCUGUUCUUCACAAGCAACCAGUGAGGUACGAGGCAAGAAGAAUUCAGCCGAAUGAACAUCUUGGGUUUUUAAAAAGCCAAAGCCAGACUUCCAGUCCUCAGGAUUGCAAAGAAAUGUUCAAAAAUGCACAGAAAUGGUGUUUGAUAAACCUUUUUAUUUAUUUUGAUUGCUGACAUUUCGGGUCUACGACUGGAAUGAACGAACGAACGAACGAACGAAUGAACUUUAUAAGAAAGGGAGAGAAAGACAGAAACUUCAGAGGAAGGGGCUUAAGAUCUGGACUGUGGAGAUUCAGUUCUGAGCUGAACAACCCACCCUGUUGGUCCAGUCGCAAGCCCUCCACCAAACUCCCUUACAGGGUUGUUGUGGGGAUGAAAUGCAACCACCCCAUCCUUGGAAGAAGAGUAAAACAAAAACAUAGCAAUUUGGAAGGAAUGGAAUUCCCUGGGCAGUCUCUGUGAUGGCCCUUUGAGGGCACCAAGAUGGCGCUGGAAAUGUGAGAUCCAGUCACUAGUCCAAAGCCUUGGAAUCGGCAGGGAAGGAUCUUCAGCUGGAACGUGAAGCUUGAUUCGACGAUCCCAUUAGAGGAUGCUGUGUCGUUGCCUCCUGUGGAAACCCUGUUCCCCGUGGAGGAUUCUGGUCCAUAUUUUGAAGUAGCUGAUCAACUGGAUACAGAACUGUAUACGGCGUUAGCAUUUCGUAAGUCAACAGGUUGUGUCUAAAGGGCAUUAAAAUGCCUUAGAAGCAGCAACCGAACGAGAAAAGGCCGAAGCCAAUUGAAUGAUGAACGUACAGAUUCGAAAAAGAAAUGAAAACCGCUGGACUGGCUGUUCCCCCUCUUGUUUGUCAAGCAAUGUUCACAUUGAUUGCGCUAUAUAAAUACACUUUGGAAAUGUACAUUUUCUCCCUGUGAAGUUCAGCAGAGCUGAACACUGAACUGGAACAUACUUUAAAAAGCUCUUUAACAACAGUUUGUUCGUUACCCAAAUUUACCAACGGUUUGUUUGUUACCCCCCCCCCCCAAAAAAAAUUUGCUACUUUUGGAUGUGUUUGUUUCUCUGGACUUUCUUUAUAUUUACAUGUAGAUUGUGUGUCUCUGACACAUGGAUUUUCUAAGUGUUGAUGAUAUACCUGCCAAUCACAGCCAUAAACCUUUUCAAUAGCCUUUCGAGAACCUGGUUGUUGGAAAAAAAAGUAUGAAAUGAUCUGUGUGCAUUAUUGUGGCUGCAUGGAUUUCCCAUCUGGAUGUCUAUUCUCCAUGAAAAUCCAUCUGUGCUAGCCGAGAAUUAGCCUGUUUCAACAAUCCCAUUGUGGAAUCUCAGAGUUUUCUAAUGCACAUUAACAUUUAAUAAGUGUUGUCUGGUGGAAAACCCAGCGCAAUUUCCCCCCCCCCCCUCAGUUCCCUACAAAUCAGCCAGAGAAACAAAAGGAUGUGAUUCUGAUCUGCAGCUACGUUUGUAAAAGGCCAACGAGAGAGACAGAAGGCAGCAGAAAAAGUCCAACCAACCACCGCCCAAUAAAGUGGGAACCACAGCCAGAGCGAAAGCUGGAGGUAGAAAGAUCGGCAUGCUGAAAACAAAUGCAUGGGGUGGAAAACGAGCCUAGAACUCUCCUCAACUAGUUGUCAUGUGAUUUGCUUCGGGGAGAAUUCACAGUGGGUCCUCCAGCAGUCUGAAGGCAGACACGGCUUAUCGUCCCCAUGAAGACUACCUUAUGGCGGCCGUGUACAACUGUUGACCCCCGAGGGCGAAAAGGAUCCCAGGAGAGCUACUCACAGAGGCCUGGAAGUGAACACCACCUCUCCGUUAUUUUUGGAGUUGUACAGGGAGCAAAGAGAGUCCCCAACCUCCCCAAGCCGAGCAAAUUUCUACCACUCCCUUAGGAGAACCACAGUGGGAAAUGCGCACCCCAUGGGGAUAUGCCGAACAAUUGGUUUGGGGAAAGCUAUGUUCCUUUUAAAGUGGAGAUGGGGCCGCUGCAAAAAGCAUUUGUAAUUGUGUGAAAGAGCAGGGCAGUCAUGUAAAUGGACACAUCCUAAUUCACGUGGGUAUCUUCAGAUUAUUGAAAAAUUGUGUCUGGCCGUCAGGAACUGCGCUGAACUGCAUUGCCACUGCAAAGCGGUCCUGCCUGUUGCGUUUGACAGCCUGAGGUGGCGAUCCAUCUUCUGUCUCUUACUCCAUGAAGCCUCCUGAACGUGGUCGUUCUGUGAUCAUCUCCAGCGUCAGUUGAGCUGUGCAUGUAAGCACUCUGCACAUUCUCAAUGGCACAGGAUUGCAUCAAACCCAUCAAAGUUGAGAAGAAGCCAGGGAAAGCAGCACCCAAGAUCCGUCUUGAAGACGAUGGGAGUUAUUUCCAAGUGAACGAGGACGGAGAAUCGCAGAAGCUUGAAAAAGCCAAAAUUACACUCAAUGACUGUUUGGCGUGUAGCGGCUGCAUAACGUCGGCUGAGAGUGUCUUAAUCACGCAGCAGAGCCACGAGGAGCUCAACAAAGUAUUAAAUGCCAACAAGAGUUCCAGUUCUGCUGGACAGAAGUUGGUGGUGGUCUCUGUGUCUCCCCAGUCCAGAGCCUCGCUGGCUGCCAGAUACAAACUGAGUCCUUUAGACACAGCCAAGAAACUGACGGGGUUCUUCAAACGCUUAGGGGUGCACUUUGUUUUUGACACAACCUUCUCCCGGAACUUCAGCCUGCUGGAGAGCCAGCGAGAGUUUGUGCGGCGCUUCCGGAGGCGAGCUGAGGAUGACCGGGCGCUGCCUAUGUUAGCUGCUGCUUGCCCAGGGUGGAUCUGCUACGCUGAGAAAACCCACGGGAGCUUCAUCAUCCCUUCCAUCAGCACGGCCAGGUCGCCCCAGCAGGUGAUGGGCUACCUGGUCAAGGGCUGCUUCGCCCAACGGCAGGACGUGAGGCCUGAUGAGAUCUACCACGUGGCCGUGAUGCCCUGUUAUGACAAGAAGCUGGAAGCUUCCCGGCCGGAUUUCUUUAUCCAGGAGCACCAAACCCGGGAGGUCGACUGUGUUAUCACAACAGGAGAAGUGGUGAAGCUGCUGGACCAAGAAGGUGUUUCCCUUCCCGACGUAGAGGCUGCUCCUCUGGAUGGGAUAUUCAGCCACCCUUCGGAAGAACGGCUCCUGAGCCACGCCGGAGGUGGUUCUGGGGGCUACCUGGAGCACAUCUUCAAGCACGCAGCCAUGGAGCUCUUUGGGAUUCAAGUGGACCACGUGGAGUAUAAGCCCCUGAGGAACAAAGACUUCCAGGAGGUGACUCUGGAGAAGGAUGGGGAGAUCUUGCUGCGCUUCGCCCUGGCCUAUGGGUUCCGGAACAUCCAGAACCUGGUGCAGAAACUGAAGCGACGGAAAUGUCCUUAUCACUACGUGGAGGUCAUGGCCUGCCCCUCAGGGUGUCUGAACGGAGGGGGCCAACUGCGAGCGGACGGCGAAGGGAGCAAAGAUCUGCUGCUCGAGGUGGAGAGGCUGUAUGACUUGGCGGAGGCAGAGAAGCCAGAGACAAACAAGGACGUGAACCGAGCCUAUGAAGAGUGGCUGGGGGGGCCUGAGUCGGAGCAGGCACGCCGAGCCCUCCACACGCAGUACCGUCCCGUGGAGAAGGCCGGCGUUGCCAUGUUGAAUAUCAAGUGGUGACCGGAGGGGGUAGAGGAGUGCUGUGGCCGUGGCCAAAGUGAGCUUUAGGCUCUGUCUCCAGUCUGACAUGGUCGUGGGUUGUGAAACUGAAUGAACUGGAGAGCUUCCCUGUAGAUAUGGCACCGCUUCGUCCUUGCCACGGGAAGGCUGGUGUUUGUGUCUGGCUGGAGCUGCCCCUGUCAGGAGUCCUCCUUCUAAGGCAGGGGUCGGUGCCUGUGUCAGAGGAGAUAGCCACUGUUCCCCAUGGAGUAGGAAUGUGAGGGCCCCCUUGGCUUGCUGUGUCCCUUGAGGAAGGUCAGCUGCCAGCGCAAACGAGGCCUGGGAGGACCCCCUCUUCCAAGCGGCAGUCCUCAAUAGUGGGGAGGUCUGAUGUGGUCCCCCCAUCUGUGCUGGGGCAGCUGCCUUUGCUCCUUGGGGGCAGUUAUCUUUGGUCAAGGUCUGAUGUUCCCCAGGAGAGGGAAUGUGUCCUGCUAAAGUAUAGAGGCACUGGUGAGCAGCAUGGGUAAGGGAGGAUGUAGAAGUCUGGGGCAGUUGGGGGGUCCACCUUGCCAUGUUCCUGUUGCACCUGUAUGUGUCAUGCCACUUUCACGACUGUUCCUGCUGUUCUUCUGGCCCCCAUGGCGUGCUGUGGGCCCCACUGAUGGUCUGUCUGCCCCUUAUUCUUUAUAAAGGAAUAUCUGAAGUGCAAAA